AUGCCCUGGCGACCUCUGCCGCGCAUCGCCUUUGCUGUCGCGACCUAUCCCUUCGAAGCCAAACUCGACAAUGAACUACCUCUCGAGAUAGGCGACGACCUCUACAUCAUUGAAGAGACACCCGAGGGCGAAUGGCUGCGCGGUUACCUGCUGGCACCCCCCACGCUCCUCGCUGGUCUGACCUCUGUCAAGGGCCAGAGUCUUGAAGCUCGCGUCUUUUCUGGCAUCUUCCCACGUAGCUGUGUGGAAAUUCGCGAGGUGCUGGGCAACGGAGAUGAGGACGACAAUGCCAGCCUGGACGGGGUGGAUGGUGCGCCGCGACUUGGGAGCGACUCCGGCAAGAGUGGCGUGGCCUCGAGUUCCGAUAAACAGUCCAGAGACGCAGAGGCAGAGGCCGAGGGAGAGCAAUCGCCAAAUCAGGGGCAGGGUCUGACUAGGUCUCCGAGGGCCCGGCGGCGGCCUGUUGUGCGUGUUGAAUCUGCAUCUGCAUUACAAGCAGCAGGCCGAAAACCAUCCGCACCGGUGCCCAUGUUGAGGAUGGGCGACGAGACUCCAACGUCGAUCAACGAGCCCUUGAUCGACGAGAUCGCGUCAUGCCUGCGCGAAUGGCACUCGACCAACUUCCACGAGCUCCUCCUUACGCGACAAUAUGCGAAGCUGGACAAGGUCUCCCAGUUGAUUCAGACUCUGGACUUGUCCCGUCGUCAGUUACUGCACAAUCUUCUCACCGACCGCGAAUACACCGCUUUGCGAGAGAAAACGGUCUGGGAUCUGGUCCGGGGAAACAAGCUGUGUGGAGGAGAGGUUAUAGUGCGCGAUCCCAGCCAGCGCGGGAGGGUCUUGACUGGUGAUGACUCCGUGAUCGACAUCACCAGACUACAGUCCGUUAUGUGUUUGCUAGAGGAGCCGCCACAGCCACACGUCGAGCUGACCGCCUUACACCACCUGAUGGUAGAUGUGAGGAGCUUCGCCGGUUCCUCGAACGAGCCUACAACGUUGGAUUUAUACCUUGUCAGCAAGUCUGUUGGUGGCACACUUACGACACUCUCCGAAGCCUACACAAUCGAGGUGCCAUCUGGUAGUUUGAUGGGGUAUAUGGCCCGGAAUGCGCAGAUGCGCACACUCUUCACCGAUCUUACUUCUGCCGACAUUGGAGACGGGCCUUCCGCUGAUUCAGAACUCUACUUGGUAGUCAAGAUACGCGCACCACAGCAGAUCGUUAAUGGGAAGCCUGCUUCGAGGUCCGGAUCGUUUGGCCAGGCCGCUACGCCUUACUCUAGAGACAAGCCUCCGUCUUCAGGUGGUGGAAACAAGGCUUCUAGGAGAAGCCUGAUGUGGGGAUCGACGAGGUCGGCAUUCUCUAGAGGAGGCCCGAAACUCGAUGCCCUGUCCGAACAACCAGAAGAGCGACCUAGAACCGGAACUAUGAGCAGUAGAGAUGGCGCGAAGCCUCCAAGCACCGCAGGCUCCUAUUCCGGCCGCACCUCCACGGAUGGCCCACAAUUCACUCAAAUGACGGCAGACAGGUUGGUGGGUAUUGGCGUGUUGAGCAUGAAAGCCAUCAUGAAGCAAGAGGACGAGUCGGAGCAUGUGGUCACGGUUUGGUCCCCGUGUACCAAGGCCAAUGCCGAGAGAUACGAGAACAGCAAGGGAUGGGAUAAUCUAGUGCGGGAUCUGCUCGACAGUGAUUCGGGCCAUUACGAGAAGUCCGGAAGGGCGGAACGUCUACAGGUUCAUUUCAAGUCCUUCAACUACCCUGAUGCCGAUACCCUGAUCAAGGCGACCCCGACGCUGCUCUCCGGCAUUAGCAAGACCAACAAAAUGGGAUUUUCUGGUGCGCCCACAAAACCGCGGUCCGACAUAUACGUGACCAUCAACGAGGCGCUGCUAGCACGACAAAACCUGCUCUCACGCUAUGGGGGCAGUGCUACUGCCAUAUCCAGCAAUAUGCACGGGCAUAACCUAAUGGUGUCGUUGGAGGUUCGUCGACAGUCUGGCGACAGAAUCGAUUCGUGCAUAUAUCCAUCCUCCAACUCCGAAGCGAUGACUACGUGGACGUCAUUUGCUGUUCAGCGCGGAGAACAUUGGAGCCAGACACUGAAGCUUUCGCUUCUUCCGCCGGAUGUCACAACAUCACACAUAGUUCUGACUGUCUCUGACUUGCCCACCACACCUUUUGCGAUCGCAUACAUGCCGUUAUGGGACCAACAAGCGUUCAUGAGUGACGGCUUGCAUUCGCUGCUUCUAUACAAACUUGAUGAGUUCACUCAAAGCGCACAAGCCGGACCGGUUGGUAAGGGUGGCUACCUCUCUGUGCCUUGGAGUGCUCGAAGCGAUUCGAGUGAAGUUACGGGCCCUUUGGCAACAAUCCGAGUUGGGACAUACCUAUGCAGCACCCGGUUUUCUCAAGAUCGCAUUGUCCUUGGCUUGCUGAAAUGGAGGGACGGUCCUAAAGAUGGGAUUCCAUCGCUUCUGAAACAGCUUAUUUUUGUACCAGAGAUCGAAGUCGUCAAGCUGCUGAGCGACGUGCUCGACGCCUUAUUCGGCAUCCUAGUUGAAUUCCAAGGCAACGACGAGUAUGAGGACCUGGUGUUCACAGCUCUCAUCAGAGUACUUGGCAUAGUUCAUGAUCGCCGGUUCAAUAUGAGUCCUUUGGUCGACCAAUACGCCGAAAACAAGUUCAACUACCCUUUUGCCACACCAUGUCUCGUCAGAUCAUUCACCAGGCUGCUCACGAACCCUACGGAGCCAGAGACGGCCCGCAAACUACGCGCAACUCUCAAAGUUGUCCGGCAUAUACUCAAGUUCAUCACCCAUGCUAGGGGUCAGCAGAAGGCCAAGGAGGCAGGUAUUGGUAUUACGGGUAGCACACCUGGCUUCACCCGCCAUCUGCAGAGCAUUUUCAAAGCAUUAGACUCGAUGAUGCGAAGCACAGCGCCCGUGCUUGUCGGCAGCCAGACCCUGGCAGUUCAACACUUUCACACCUGGCUGCCUGAACUCACAGGGCUACUCACGACCGAAGAAAUUCUCCACAUUGCCAUCGAUUUUCUGGACUCGUGCUCCCUCGUGAAAGGGAAGCUGGUGCUAUACAAGCUCAUUCUGAUCAUUAACUACUCAAAGCUGGAACUUUUCUCCAAGCCCGAGCAAAGAUCAGCUUUGUGUGCCAACACUGUCAGGUGGAUUGCGCCGCAUUGGGGACAAACAGACGAGGUCACCGAGCAAUGGAAAGGCCAGGUCCGCUUGUGCUGUUCGGUUCUGGCAAGCCAGGCUAAUCACCUCAACUCGGAGAUUCCCGACUACAUUCCAAGAAUCAUAGACUCGUACCUGGCCAUCCAGGCCACCGAGCUAAAGCCGAAGGACCGCCUUUCGCUACUUUUUCCUACCACCUACCCAUUCCCCAGCAAACCAAUCCCAGGCGACUCGGUACAGUUGGACGAAGCCCUCGUUGAGCUUUCCGCUGUCUUGUCUGCCCUAUCGAACUCGCCUAACGGAAUGCAGCUCGAGCUGGCUGUGGAAGAUAUCACGGUUCUGCUGAAGAACACGCUUCAAGUGCAUAUGAGCAUCUUACAAGGCGAAGCAUUCCCGUCGUCUUGGCUCAGCGUGUACAUAUAUCACCACAAGUCCACGAUGAGGACGCUGCAGUAUCUAGCAAGUAUCCUCUUGGAGUCGUUCCUUCCACAGCCUGACGAUGCGGAAGACUUUGACACCGAACUUUGGAGAAUGUUCUUUACCACAUUACUCAAACUCGUUGGUAGCCGGUGCCUCGCGCUUGAGACGUUCCCAGAACAGAAGCGAAGAGCGGUAUGGAAGAUUGCUGGCGAUGUCAGAGAACACGGUGCAGAACUGCUCCGGCGAACGUGGGAAGCUGUUGGCUGGGAGACGAGCCCUGAUGAGCGGUCGCGAUACGGACUGGCAAAAAUGGGUGGCUACCAAGUUCAAUAUGUGCCCACACUCGUGGGUCCAAUCGUGGAGCUGUGCCUGAGCGUCCACGGCGGCCUUCGGAACAUGGCGGUCGAAGUACUCCAGACCAUGGUCGUGAGCGAAUGGACCUUGAGCGAGGAGUUGACCGUCAUCCAGACGGAGAUGAUUGACUGUCUGGAUCUGUUUUUCAAGAAUCAGACCAUGACCGAAAGCAUCUUACAGAAACUCUUCAUCCAAGAACUUUACGAACGAUUUGGGCCACUCUCGAGAAUUGAGGGAGAACCGCUGUACGCUGCCCUGAAGGAGCUGAUCGAUACGGUCGAUGAGUUUCUCGAUCUUCUGGUGGCUGUCCACAGUGGAGGUGUAACCAGCGAGGCAUCUCACCUGAUCAACCGUCUGCAGCUCAUGGAGUUCCUAAGAGAUAUGCAGAAAGAGGAUAUAUUCAUUCGAUAUGUCCAUCAACUGGCAGCGAUGCAAUUCACCGCGAGGAACCAUGCAGAGGCCGGUUUGGCUCUUCGACUACACGCCGACUUGUACGAAUGGGAUCCUACCAGAAUGACACGUGCGCUGCAAGAACCGGACCUUCCAGAACAGUCGCACUUUGAACGCAAGGAACGCAUUUACUUCGACAUGAUCAAGCACUUCGAGGACGGCGAGGCGUGGAGCAGUGCACUUGGUGCGUAUAGUGAACUACGGACACAAUACAAAAGCAAUAUCUUCGAUUUCGCAAAGCUUGCCCGGGCUGAAAGAGCCAAUGCCACCAUCUACGAGACGCUCGCCAAGGGCGACAAGCCGACUCCCAAAUACUUCAAAGUCGUCUUCAAGGGCCUCGGUUUUCCGAUCAACCUCCGAGAGAAAGCGUUCGUGUACGAGGGCUCUGGUAUCGAGAGGACGUCUGCAUUUGUCGAUCGCAUGCAGGAACAGUUCCAAGCUGCGCAGAUCCUCACAAAUGGGGAUGUGGACAGUGAGGUGGAAGGACAAUAUCUGGUCAUCUCGGCGCUGUCUCCUCAUCGCGAUCUCACCCACCAAGUCUUCCAGAGGGCCCGAGUGGCACAACCGAUACGGGAUUAUCUCCUCUCGGCGCAUCCGCAGAAAUUCUCGGUGUCUUCCAAACGCAGCACAAGCGGGCCCGUCCAAGAUCAUUAUGCCGAGAAGAUCAUAUACUCGACGGCUGAGGCGUUCCCCACGAUAUUGCGCCGUAGCGAGAUUGUUGACGUCAAGAACAUCGCCUUGAGCGCCAAGGAGACGGGUCUAGAGCGCAUAGUCCGCAAGACGCAGGAGAUGACGGCUGUUGAGCGGCGACUCGCGGAGAGCGGAGAUGAUGACGAGGUUGCGCAGGUGAUGGUCGGGGCCAUAAGCAUAUCAGUGCUUCCCAACUUGGAGAGCAGUGUUGUCUGUUAUCGACAGCUGCUCCCUUCAGCUGACUCGGAAGACGACGAAGAGGAAGAGCCCGAGCUUGAUCCGCAGGAAAAUGCCAUCAAGAUGGCGUUGAUCGACCAUGCUAUCAUGAUCAAGAGGUGCCUAGCAAGCUUCGCUCGUAGCUCGAAUCCGAUCCUGACCAGGGGGCAUCAGGAACUCUAUCCUCAUUUCAUGUCUACGUUUGCGCCCGAGAUUGCGGUGUUUGCUCCUGUUUCACCACAACGGGAGAAUGGAUCCACGCCAUCGCCCACGUGGCACCGAUCGUCACCUGUCACGGAGAACGGUACCCCACGAGGACAUAUUCGCAACUCUUCGACAAACGGCACUGGAAUUGUGGAAGAAGCGUCAUCCGCUCAACCCAUCUCGCUGAGGCAGCGUGGUACCCGGCUAAGCUUCUUGGGUGGCAGGAAGAAGGAUUCUCAGCAGUCCAACAGCGACGUGUCGAGCUUGAAGCAGACCAAGGCCGACCACAGCGAAUCCAACAGUCAGCACAGCAAGAGCCGAGAGAACUCACACAAUCGGAGGAGCAUGUUCCGUACUGAUACAAACGACACCAAUACGAGUUCAAAUCCCUUUACUAGGCCUCACUCAAACGGCGCGGCUGACCCGACAACGCCAGAUUGGGGACCAGACCGGGCACGCAAGAGCAAAGAGAUGGUCAACGUCGUUGAGAGCGACUUUGGCAAGUCCACCGACGGCGGCAUGAUGAAUAUGGGCUCAGUCAGAAAGCGGCUGAGUAUGUUGAAGCUGGGAAAGAAGCAGAGCAAGCCGAAUGGUUUUAUGGGAGGGCUGAGCGAGGAGUAA